UCGAGAUCUGAGCUGCCAGUUGUGGCUGGAGUUGAUCGCCGACCUCCAAAAAUUCCCACCAAGUUUUGAACCGUAUUUCGAAUUUGCGUACCUUGGGGAGAUUACGGAUGAAAAACCACCCCGCUGGUUCGUCCCCAUCUCAUUAGCGUCAGCACAAAUUGAUCUGACGAAGAUUCUCCAGACCAAAGCUUUGGUACGGAUGUCGACCCGUCCCUCGCAGCUUCAACCACCUACUUUCCAGAGGAAGCAGGUGGGUGAUAGUGGCUGCAGGACUGGAAUAUCUGAGCAGCCAUUGUAUCGAACAUCGAGACCCUCUCUCGACCGCAGCAAAGUCUGUCAUUUUUGUAUCCAACACUUGUUUUUUUUCGGCUGGCUGGACCUUUUGUGAAGUAGGCGGCAGCUUGCCCCUCACCUAUUGCCGUUGCUUUUGUAACAGGACCCUUUGAAAAUAGGUCCAGCCGUCUGAUUGAGGCCUCGAUGAAUCUGCAGAGGCCUCAGGAUAUCCCUCGAAGACAGACCUUUCUACGUUCAAGCAUAGUGUUAUUGUCCCUCUUCCGUUUGCCUUCUCUGGUCUCACAUAGUCACUGAACCCAAAAUAACAGCUUCGUCCUAACCAAUGAAUAGCAACUAGCAUAAUGCAGUUGGACGUUGAUAGUUCUGGGCAAACAGGGCAUUCCUUGACAGCUCUGUCUUGCAGCUUCAGUGGCGGACUAGACGCAACGGCCACAUAUGACAGCUUGGCUCGCUCUUUUGAUUCUAGCCUAGGUGAUCUAUCGUAUGCUUACAAAAAGCUCACUUUGGCGAUCUUUCGGCUGGUCGAGGUCUGGUUUUUGGACUACCAGAUUCAGAACUUUCCAGAGUCUAUUGGCCCAGUCUCUCUCGCUUCCUCGCUUUCUGUUUGCUCUGAGGAGCCUUUUGGGUAUCAGCUCCUUGUCUUACCCGAUCAACUUACCUGGGAAAUAGAAGGGCACUCUACCUAGCUAUUCAGGCAAGAUUCCCAAGCUACCAUAUAUAUUUGUAAGCGUCUGUGGUGAUAUUUCGCUUCAGGUACCUUCUUGAUGGCAACGGAUGAUAUAACAGACAUGGCUACGCAAGACGCAAGGCCGGAAGGUCAUGGGUAGUGUAUAUGUUCUAUAGGCCAACAGAUGUAAAGGUGGCCGAAUCAAGGAUACAAACUCCCGGCUCGAUUCAGUGGAAAGGGAUUUCAAUCUGUCUGUGGUCCGCCGACCAGCAUCCGGGCCGGAGCCGGGGCCGAGAACGGCAAUUGGCGAUUGACGUCACCACCACCCCGCAUGCCCCGCCCCCCGCCGCCCGCCGCAAAGUCUAUCUGCACGAGACCGACUGAUAUUUGUAGAUUGGGAGCCGUAGAAUAUUACAUGAAAUACCGUACUAUCACUUCGGCUGUGGGAUUUGGCGACUUGGUAUGGUUGAAAUGGUUGUUAGCACAAUAGAAAGCUCGCCGGCAGAUCCGGUGGGGUUAGGUGGCUUGAAUAUCAAAACUCUCUGGUUCCGCCCCGAAGAGUCCGGACUUAACAUGUGUGACAGCUGCGCGGGGCAGGGAGGGGGGCAUGCCGAAGGCAAGCGGACACCGGCGAGCUCAGUCAAUCAUAAAGCAAACUUCCUUCUCCCGCCAUAG